UUAAUUAAAAAAAAAAAAAAAAAAGAAUAUGCAGCAGGAGAAGACAAACCAGAAGCAGCACAAAGUAUAACUGAAUUAAAUAAAUGGUUUCAUGAUUCUCACGUCUUCUGCUCUUUGCCAUUACUUCAAACCAACUCCACUCUCUCUCUCUCUCUCUUCUCUCUCUCUCUCUCCUCCACAUCGCCAUUCAAACCAAACCCCAUUUUUUUUUGUUUAAUCUCAAUUCCAUUAUCUAAUCUCACAGUUUCUUUAAAUAAGAUACUGGAACCCCACACAUUUUGUUGUUGAUUCGUUCAAUAGAUGACAGAGGUGCUCCACUCACCGCCAUCGUCAUCUUCUCCCCCUUCAAGUCCCGCACCCACCACCCACCACAAUCCCACAUUGUUCCACCACCAGACUCAGCUGUAUCCGGCGGACGGCGGCGAUGCGGGUAUUUUUGCGAUGAGUGACGCAGAGGAGGAGGAGGAGAAUGGAGUGAGAAGGGAGAGUGAUAAUAGCGACGGGAGAGAUCAGUUAUCUCUUUUGGCGAUUCUGUUCACUCUGUUUAGGAAGAGCUUUUGGGCUGUUUGCAAGACGGGUGCUGGCGAUUUCUCCGGCGGCGGCGGUGGUGGUGAUAAAUGCAGUGAGGGGGGUAUGGAGAUCAGCUGGCCUAGUGAUGUGCAGCAUGUUAAUCACGUGACUUUUGAUAGGUUUCAUGGCUUCUUGGGCUUGCCUGUUGAGUUUGAGCCUGAUGUUCCCAGGAGGGCUCCUAGUGCUAGUACCACUGUUUUUGGAGUCUCUACAGAAUCGAUGCAGAUGUGUUACGAUCACAGAGGCAAUAGUAUUCCAACUAUCCUUCUGCUUAUGCAAAGGCAUUUGUAUUCUCAAGGUGGCCUUCAGGCUGAAGGGAUUUUCAGGAUAGCUGCUGGCAAUAGCCAAGAGGAAUUUGUUAGAGACCAAUUAAACAGAGGUGUUAUUCCACAAGGAAUCGACGUACACUGUUUGGCUGGCCUGAUUAAGGCUUGGUUCAGAGAACUCCCGAAUGGAGUUCUUGAUUCUCUCUCGCCCGAGCAGGUGAUGCAAUGCCAGUCAGAAGAGGACAGCACUGCACUCGUAAGGCUUCUACCCCCAACCGAAUCUGCACUGUUGGAUUGGGCAAUCAAUCUAAUGGCUGACGUUGUCCAAGAGGAACAUCUCAAUAAGAUGAACGCACGCAAUAUUGCCAUGGUCUUUGCACCUAAUAUGACACAGAUGGAUGAUCCGUUGACUGCAUUGAUGUACGCAGUGCAAGUGAUGAAUUUCCUCAAGACUCUCGUAGAGAAGGUUCUACAAGAAAGAGAAGAUUCUGUUAUCGAACCAACAACUUUACUUCCACACACGGAACCUUCUGAUGACAAUGGAAAUCAGACUUCUUCUUCGCGGUUGGACAAGGAUGAACCAAAUGAAGAGAUAAUACAGGAUUUUCUCUCGGAUGAUCCUGGUUCGGAUACUGGUUUGGAUACCGGUUCGGUUACUAGCCAAGCUGAUGAAAUCACUGAUGAGGAUUAUCCUAGUUAUUCAACUUACACGGAAGAAUCCGAUGGAAGUGGUUCUUGUAAAACUCCUUGUCGGGUCUAUAAAGAAGUUUACAGUACGAAGAAAACUGGAGUAGUAAUGAAUCAUCCGUUUAUUGAAGAGAAUGUAAGGAGCAAAACAGGGCAAUCGAGUGAUUCUAACCACACAAAAUCGGGAUUGAAGAUUAAAGAUAUUGAUAGCCAGAAGAGUGCCGAUUUAGCUGUUGUGAAGAUUGAUAACAAGAACAAGGGAGCUGCUAGCAACUUGAGCCGUGUAAAUUCAAUGACAGAACGGUUUGAAACUUGGUGGUGAACAAAAGGUCCAUUACCGAUUUUUUUUUUUAAUUUUUUUUUUAACAUUUAAUAACUGAUUUUGUUGUGUAUUUAACGCCCCGUUUGAUCAUGUAUGGAGUGAAACUAGUUACUAAUCGUGUGUGAAGGUUGCUUCUUUUAAUCGUGGUAGGUUCGAUGAAUGUAGUGUUGUGAGAGAAAAACUCGGUUCGUUGAAUGCUAAGAUGUGGUUUGCGUAAGUACGAUUUUUAUCCUUCAUUACGUCUAUGAAAUAUAUGAAUUCUAUGA